CCCCUCUCUUCUGUCUUCCCCCUCUUCUCUCCCUCAAAUUUCUACUCUCUCUAUCCUCCUCUCUCCCCCCACCCCAAUGUCCAAAAAACAUGCAGAUAUCGUUUCACAGAGAGGAGGCUGCACCUGCAUCACCAUCACCAUCUCCUCCACCACCAAACCCUCGAAAAAACCCUCUAACCGCGCUUCAACUCUCUCUCACUACCAAUCUUUCAUCUCUCUCCUCUCCAAAACCGCUUUUCCAAAAUCACACAUCACCAACCCAGAGGCCAUUCCCUCUCUCAGAACCGCUUUUUCCCACUUCACAGAGGCCUUCCAGAACUACCAAGAAGAAUCCGAAACCACCGAUGGAAUCCGUGACCGCUUUUACCCUCAUCUCAAAACCACUAACCGUGUUUUCUUUGACUACUUUGGUGUCGGGCUUUUUUCAGGCGUUGAAAAAAACCCUAAUUUUGAUUUCAGGCCAAUUUCCAAGUAUGGAAACUUAGUUCUUCAUUCUCUCUAUGGUGACCCUGACACCCUAACCUUCGAAAGCCAGAUGAAGAAGAGAAUCAUGGAGUUUUUGAAUGUUGAACAGAAGGAUUACGCCAUGGUUUUUGCUGUAAAUAGAGAAUCAGCUUUCAAGCUUUUAGCUGAGUCGUAUCCUUUCUCUCACAAAACCAGGCUUCUCUCAGUUUGUGAUUAUAAUAGCCAUGGAUUGAGCUUAAUGAAGGAGAUAGCAGUGAAGAAAGGUGCAAUUGCUAAGUCUGCGUCUUUCAAAUGGCCUUCCUUAAGCUUGCGCGGAGAUCAGCUCGAGAGAGAAAUUUGUUAUGGGAAGAGUUAUGGUGGUAGUGAGAGAAACAAGAGAGAGAGAGCUUGUGGAAGAGGCAUGUUUGUGGUGCAAUUACAAUCUAGGGUUACAGGAGCAAGGCAUUCAUAUCAAUGGGUUGGGGUUGCACAAGAAGAGGGUUGGCAUGUGGUGUUGGAUUCCUCUGGUUUGGGCCCCAAGGAGAUGAAGUCCAUUGCUCUCUCUCUCUACAAACCAGAUUUCAUAAUCUCAUCUUUCUACAAGGUAUUUGGCCAUGACCCUACUGGGCUUUGCACCCUCCUCAUCAAAAGACCCACACUCUCCCUCCUUGAUUCUCAGGUCUCGACGACUGGGAUCGCAUGCCUGGUACCCAUCGAUGAGAACCCAUCUCCCUCAAUUUCCCUCUCUACCUCUUCAUCUUCUUGUCUAUCUAACUUUUCAUCCUCUUCAUCAUUCUCUUAUGGCGUUUUUUCUGAGAAGAAAUCUGCAGGAAAUGACAGUGGACACACAGUUAAGCUUCAAUGUGAUGGACUUGAUCAAACUGACACAGUGGGGCUUUCUAGAGAGAGAAACAAGCUCAGAUGUUUAGUGAACUGGCUGGUGCAUGCACUAUUGAAAUUGCACCACCCACCAUUAAAUAAUGAAGAUAUUGGGCUCCCAUUGAUUAAGAUAUAUGGGCCUAAGGUUAAGUUUAAUAGAGGUUACAGUGUUGCCUUUAAUGUUUUUGAUUGGGAAGGUGCGAUGGUGGAUCCUUUCCUAUUUCAGAAGCUUGCUGAUAGGCAUGAUAUAUCUGUUGGGUGUUGGGAUUUGCAGAGAGUGGAAUUAGGGUUUCAGAAAAUUAGGGUUGUGAGUGUGAGCUUGAGUUUCUUGAGCAGUUUUGAGGAUGUUUAUAGGCUGUGGAGUUUUGUGGGGAGAUUUCUUGAUGCAGAUUUUGUGGAGAAAGAGAAAUGGAGAUAUGUGACUCUCAAGCAGGAGAUAGUGCUGGUCUGAGAUGAUGAAAUCUAGAGAGAGAGAAUUUGGUGGUCCUCAAAACCCUAGUAGGCUCUCUUUUUUUUUUCCCAAAAUUGUGAGGCAAAGUUUUUUUUCGAGUCUCUGUUUUUCUUUUGUUCGAAAGACUCUCUCGGCGUUUAUUUAUCUUUAAAAUCAGAAGGACAUGAAUUCAAAGGAGAAAUUGGAGAUGAAAAUGUGAUGAAUGAAACAUCUAGGCAAGUCUGUUGCUUGGCUGGUCUCUCUUUUAUAGGCUUGGGGUUUUGCUUUUAUCGGAAAUUUGCAGAAAUAUUGAUAUAAUAAUUUGAUCGGAAAAUAGGAUAAUAGGGGUGAGGAGGAAGCAAUAUUCACUCCCACAAGAAAUUUCACUAUUGUGUUUGAAGCAAAAGUUAUAACAGGUUACAGUGAUGUAGUGUGGUCUUGAAGACCACACUUUGACACCUUUUUGGCUCUCUCAUUUCUAUUUGUAUGCACAAGCUCCUUGGGCCAUUGAUGGACCACCUUUUAAGCACGUUAAUUUGGCGGUAAAGCAGGUUAGUUGGCGGUUUUACCACCACAUUUCUACUUAACUUCAUGCACCGCCUCUCAUUAAGUGUAAGGGAAGAUUCUAGAGAAAGAGAAGAGAUGAGAUAGCAGUGAUGGUUCUAUCGAAGAUUCUAGAGAAAGAGGAGAUGAGAUGGCGGUGAUGGUUCUAGAGAGAGAUAAAUUAGUUUCCAACAUCCCUCUUAUUUUGUCAUUCUCAUUAUAUCUUUGAACUGGAUAAAUUUAUUUAUUGUAGUUGUAUUCAUAAAGAUGUCUGUAAGCUGGUCAUUUGUGUUGAUAAAUUUUGUCUUUAUUUUUCA